AUGUUUGCCAGGAGUGUGGGAUUGCGGGUUCUUCGAAACUGCGCUCGAAGUUCCAGAAUUCUGCCUCCGCCAGUGACUCGAACAGCAGCACCCAGACGAUUCUCUUCGUCCACAGCCGCCGCUGCCCAUAAUGGACCGGCUCCUACGGCGCAUCCCCUGGCAGGAAUCACCUCACAACUCGACCAUAUCGCGCCCCGGUUCGAGAUUGAUCCAGACAACAUUGAAAUCCUUGAUUCUCCCACCGCGUUCUACGAGACCUUGAAGGCUAAAAUUAAGGGAGCGAGGCGAAGGAUAUACCUUUCGACGCUGUAUAUCGGGAAGAGCGAACAUGAAUUUAUCGACGCUCUAAGAGAAGCAUUAGAGGACAACCCCGACCUCGAGCUUUCCAUCUUGACGGACGCCUUGAGAGGCACUCGGGAGGACCCUGAGCCAUCAUGCGCGACUCUGCUCGCGCCGCUGAUCUCGCAAUUCGGCGAUCGCGUCAGGAUUUCCAUGUUUCAUACACCUAAUCUAAACGGAUGGAAAAAGAAAUAUAUGCCCAAACGCAUCAACGAGGGCUGGGGCUUGCAGCACAUGAAGCUAUACGGCUUUGAUGACGAGAUCAUGCUGUCUGGCGCCAACUUGUCGAACGAUUACUUUACCAAUCGGCAAGAUAGGUACCACAUUUUUGCAUCCAAAGAACUCACAGACUUCUACGCAGCCGUGCACGAAGCGGUAUGCGAUCUGUCAUAUUCUCUUGUCCCGUCCGAUCAACGUCCGGGGGCCUUCGAGCUGGUUAGUCCACAUGAGCACGGCUUUCCAGAUCCACUGUGGCACACAAAGCGGUUCAAAGCGUACGCGAAGGAGACUUUGGAGCCCUUGAUUCAUAAGAAGGCCCGUCAGAAGAUGUUUCCAGUGCCCUUCACGAAGGAGAAGACCUUUGUGUACCCACUGGCUCAGUUUGAUAUUCUUCUGGGCGAGCCCAGGAACAUCGCGUUUUUAGACUACGAGUUCGCCACAUACACUUCCACCGAGAAACCUGCCCUCACUCGCCUACUGGCGAAUUUAGCCGAGGACCAACGCCUACACCAAUCCAACUGGACGUUCACCGCAGGAUAUUUUAACAUCGAUCCGGAUAUCUGUAACCUGUUGAUCGCUGCGGCCCCAGACUCGAAGAAUCCGGCGAUGACGUCGAACUUGACUGGAGGCCCGGGCACAAGCGACUUUGAAAAGGCCUGCACAGUCAUCACAGCGUCCCCUUGGGCCAACGGCUUUUAUGGCAGCAAAGGCGUCAGUGGAAUGUUGCCCGCAGCAUACACGCUACUGUCGCGCCGGUUUCUGCGCACUGUCGCCAAAGCGGGCAAAGAAGACGUGAUCCAGCUGAAGGAAUGGCGUAAAGGGACCGUCGGCGAGCCGGGCGGCAUGACGUACCACGCCAAAGGACUUUGGGUAACACUUCCACCACAGCCUCAGCCUGGCCUGGCGAGUGGCGGCAGCGAGCUUACCUCGCUCGUGGAUGAACCAGGCCCUAGCAUCACUGUCGUGGGCAGCAGCAACUAUACUAAGCGGAGUUACAGCCUGGAUCUGGAGAUCGGGGCUAUGAUCGUCACCGGUGACGAGGGUCUCAAGGCGCGGCUGAAGAAGGAGACUGACAACCUCCAGGCCAACGCGGCGGUCGUGACUCAGGAUGAUCUGGCCAGAGUCGAGCGUCGUGUUGGAUUGAAGGUCCGUCUGGCGCUGUGGCUUGUUGAGGCUCUUGGUGGUGCUCUUUGA